AUGCCUCGAAUUGAGUACGAGCCAAAACUCGACUUCAAGGACGUCCUUCUUCGACCAAAACGUUCCACUUUGAAAAGUCGGGCUGAUGUGGACCUUGUCAGAGAGUAUGUCUUCCGUAAUUCGAAGAAGCAGUACAGCGGAAUUCCUGUAAUCGCUUCAAAUAUGGAUACGGUUGGCACAUUUGAGAUGGCAAAAGCGCUCUGCCCACAUAAAGUAUUCACAACUAUCCAUAAACAUUACA